AAAAAAAUAUAAAUAUCUAUAUGUGGUGUGGUGGUGAAACGGCGGCCCGUCGAGGGAUGAUGAUGCGAGCCCUAUCACAUCUUGUACAUGUCCGACGACCGUGUCUUUUGAAUCAUAAUCAUCAUAAUCAUCGUUCAUGGCGUCGACGACGACUCACAUGUUUCAGGGCAUUCUCCUCCUCCUCUUCUCCUACUGCAUAUAAAAACCAGUCUCGCGGUGGUCUAUCUCGCUUUUACUCCGAAGUCCUCCCUCUCUCUAAGGGUGAACUUGUGCGUAUUCAAGGAGAUGAAUUUAAACAUAUGACUAAGGUGCUUAGAUUGACCACGAAUGACAGGGUAGAGCUCGUCAAUGGUAAGGGAUGUCUAGUAGAAGGAGUUAUCCAGUCAGUUGACCACAAGGGACUAUAUAUUUUGUCAGACAAGGACCCAGAAGAAGUUUUGCCUCACUACACACAGUGGCGUGUAUUUGCUGCCUUCGGGACAUUGAAGGGGGGUCGUGCUGACUGGCUCGUUGAGAAAUGCACGGAGCUAGGAGCAAGCAGUGUGACUCCACUGUUGACUGAGCGUUCACCGUCAAUUUCAGCUAAUCGAGUAGAUAGACUGCAUCGACUCAUUAUGGCAGCAUCUAAACAAUGUCAACGGCUGCAUGGGAUGACUUUGGAUCCUCCAUUGGAUAUUAGAGCACUUUUACCUAUUGUUUCUCUGUCAAAGCUCUCUUUUGUUGCCACAGCUGAGGCUCCUCCUGUUCUUACUGCAUUAGCUUCUUCUUCAAGGAAAGAAGCAAGUGGGAUAAUCAUCAUUGGACCAGAAGGGGAUUUCACUGAGAAGGAGUUGAUUUCGGUCAUGGAAGCAGGAGCAACUGCUGUUGGCCUGGGACAACAUCGCCUACGAGUUGAAACAGCUACUCUGGCACUCUUGGCAACUGUAAUGUUCUGGUCUGAUUCUCCACCACUCUCAGCUACUUGAUAUUAUUUUGAAGAAUUCGCCCUCUAAGUGGCUGCUGAAUCUCAAUCAGGAACUUAGCAAAUGAAACAAAACACUUAUGCAAGUUAGGAAAACACUUAUUCUAUUUUUGAGGAGGGCUGUCAAAUUACAGACUUGAAUUGGGUUAAGUUUUUGAUUAAGUUGAAGUUUUGAUGUGA